UGGGGGGGCGGGGCGGAGCGGGGAGUCCCCGCACGACUCGCUCCGGGCCCCGGGAGCGGCCAGCCCCGGCCCGGGCCCCGGCCCCGGCCCAGGCUCCGGCCCCGGCCCCGGUAUGGAUGGCCCCGGGGCUAACGCUGUGGUCGUCCGCAUUGGCAUCCCGGACCUGCAGCAGACGAAAUGUCUGCGGCUGAACCCCGACGCACCCGUGUGGGUGUCCAAGCAGCGGGUGCUGUGCGCCCUCAACCACAGUCUGCAGGAUGUACUCAACUAUGGCCUCUUCCAGCCCCCCUCCCAGGGCCGGGCAGGCAAGUUCCUGGACGAAGAGCGUCUGCUGCGGGACUACCCGCCCAACAUGGACACGCCCCUGCCCUAUCUGGAGUUCCGCUACAAACGCAGAAUUUACACCCAGAGCCUGCUGGACGAUAAGCAGUUUGCAAAGUUACACACCAAGGCGAACCUUAAGAAGUUCAUGGAGUAUGUCCAGCUUCACAGCACAGACAAAGUGGCCCGGCUUCUGGACAAGGGGCUGGACCCCAACUUCCACGACCCUGACACAGGAGAGUGCCCCUUGACCGUGGCUGCCCAGAUGGACAGUGCCACCGAUUUACUAAAGGUCCUGAGGAAUGGUGGGGCCCAUCUGGACUUCCGCACUCGGGAAGGGCUGACAGCCUUGCACAUCGCCACACGCUGCCGGAACCCCAGUGCCCUGACGACCCUGCUGGACCUUGGGGCAUCUCCAGACUACAAGGACAGCCGUGGCCUGACCCCCCUAUACCAUAGCGCCCUGGGGGGUGGGGACCCCCUCUGCUGUGAGCUCUUGCUCCAUGACCAUGCACAGAUUGGGACAGCUGAUGAGAAUGGAUGGCAAGAGAUUCAUCAGGCCUGUCGCUUUGGGCAUGUCCAACACCUGGAACAUUUGCUGUUCUAUGGGGCUGACAUGAGGGCCCAGAAUGCAUCAGGAAACACAGCCCUGCAUAUCUGUGCCCUGUACAAUCAGGAGAGCUGUGCCCGGGUUCUCCUCUUCCGGGGAGCCAAUAAGGAUGUUCGUAAUUACAAUAGCCAAACAGCUUUUCAGGUGGCCAUCAUUGCUGGGAACUUUGAACUUGCUGAGGUCAUCAAAACUCAUAAGGAUUCUGAUGUUGUGCCGUUCCGGGAGACUCCCAGCUAUGCAAAGCGGCGACGCCUGGCGGGUCCCAGUGGCCUGGCCUCCCCGAGGCCAUUGCAGCGCUCAGCCAGUGAUAACGAUCUCAAGGCUGAAGCCCGGUCUGGCCCCUCCCCGGGACCCUCGCUCAGAAGCCUCCCCCACCAGUUACUGCUCCAGAUGCAAGAAGCAGGCAUGGGGCCCAUCGCAGGGCUCCGAGGAUCCCAAAGUCGAUCCCCAUCCCUUCAGCGUCUGCAGGAAGAUAAGGAGAGGGACAAAGAUCCCAGUGGUCACACCCUGGUCAGAGGAGGCCGCAGCAAGAGCAGCCCGAGCGGCCCCGGCGGCGGCCCCGGAGGAGGAGGAGGAGGAGGAGGCGGCGGCGGUGGCGGCCCGGGAGCUCUGGGCCCCGCUGCGGCCACCAGCCCUGCGCCCGCGCCCGCACCCUCGCCCGCGCCGCCCCGGGGCCCAAAGCGCAAACUUUACAGCGCGGUCCCCGGCCGCAAGUUCAUCGUGGUGAAUGCGCACAGCCCGCGGGGCGAGGGCGAGAUUCCGCUGCACCGCGGCGAAGCUGUCAAGGUGCUGAGCAUCGGGGAGGGCGGUUUCUGGGAGGGAACGGUGAAAGGUCGCACGGGCUGGUUCCCAGCUGACUGCGUGGAGGAGGUCCAGAUGCGCCAAUAUGACACACGGCAUGAAACACGUGAGGACCGAACCAAGCGCCUUUUCCGACAUUAUACUGUGGGCUCUUACGACAGUCUCACCUCACACAGUGACUAUGUCAUUGAAGACAAGGUGGCUGUCCUGCAGAAGCGGGAGCAAGAGGGUUUUGGCUUCGUCCUUCGGGGAGCCAAAGCAGAGACCCCCAUUGAAGAAUUCACACCAACCCCAGCCUUCCCUGCUCUCCAGUACUUAGAAUCUGUGGAUUAUGAGGGUGUGGCCUGGAGGGCAGGACUCCGGACAGGAGACUUCCUUAUUGAGGUGAAUGGAGUCAACGUGGUGAAGGUUGGACAUAAGCAGGUUGUGGCCUUGAUCCGCCAAGGUGGGAACCGCCUGCUCAUGAAGGUCGUGUCAGUGACAAGGAAACCGGAGGAAGAGGGGGCACGGCGGAGAGCCCCUCCGCCCCCCAAGAGGGCGCCCAGUACCACGUUGACUCUGCGUUCCAAGUCCAUGACUGCUGAGCUGGAGGAGCUGGCCUCAAUUCGGAGGAGGAAAGGGGAUGAGAAAACUGAGGCUGAGGACGGUGAAGAGACGUGCCCAAGUCACACAGAAGAGAAAAGAGAAAGCCACGCCUUCCUGGGGCGCCUUGCAGCCGAGAGCACCAAAGCCCCCACGCCAGCUUACCCCCAGUCUGCCCGAGAGAAGCUGGAUGAGAUCCUGGCGGCAGCUGCAGAGCCCACGCUGAGACCAGACAUCGCAGAUGCCGACUCCAGGGCGGCCACUGUCAAGCAGAGGCCCACAAGUCGACGCAUCACUCCCGCAGAGAUCAGUUCUUUGUUUGAACGCCAGGGCCUCCCUGGCUCUGAGAAGCUUCCUGGAUCCCUUCGAAAGGGCAUCCCGCGCACCAAAUCUGUAGGGGAAGAUGAGAAGCUGGCCUCUCUCCUGGAGGGGAAGUUCCCGAGGAGUUCGUCUAUGCAGGAUGCUGUCCGUGAGGGCCAUGGGAUCCCGCCCCCACCCCAGACCGCCCCACCCCCCCCACCUUCCCCUUACUACUUCGACACAGGACCACCUCCCUCCUUUUCACCGCCACCCCCGCCAGGCCGUGCCUACGACACCGUCAGAUCCAGCUUCAAGCCGGGGCUGGAGGCCCGGCUGGGAGGGGCGGGACCCCCUGGGCUCUAUGCCCCUGGCCUCGGCGCUCAUGGGCCUCUCCCUUACCCUGAGCGCCAGAAGCGGGCUCGGUCCAUGAUCAUCUUGCAGGACUCACCCCACGAACCAGCUGUGCCCGACAGCACCCGGCCUCCUCCUGCAGCCACGCCCCCUGAGCGACUGAGGCGGAAGGCGCGAGUGCCCGGCAGUCAAGACAGCCCUUACGCCAACCUGGGCGCCUUCAGUGCCAGUCUCUUUGCCCCAUCGAAGCCACAGCGCAGGAAGAGCCCCCUGGUGAAGCAGCUGCAGGUGGAGGAAGCGCAGGACCGGGCCGCUUUGGCUGUGGGGGGCAGCGGCAGCAGUUUCCCCCGGGAGCCCUCGCCCACUCGCCGGGGGCACCGGCUCGGGGGGCUCGACUACCCCCCCGGGGAACCACCUGGCCUCCCAUUUGCUGGCGCCGGACCUGGCAAGGAACGAGACCGUCGGCUGGAUGAGAGGCGCCGCUCCACCGUCUUCCUUUCCGUGGGGGCCAUCGAGGGCAGCCCGCCCAGCGCAGAGAUGCCAUCCCUGCAGCCUUCCCGAUCCAUCGACGAGCGCCUCCUGGGCAGCGGCCGGGACCUGCUCUUACCCUCGCCCGUCUCCGCUCUCAAGCCAUUGGUCAGCAGUCCUAGCCCCUCCCCUGUGGGCUCCACCUUCAUCCACCCACUCACCGGCAAGCCCCUGGACCCCAGCUCACCCUUAGCCCUCGCCUUGGCCGCCCGGGAGCGGGCCCUGGCCUCCCAGGUGCCCUCAAGAUCCCCAACCCCCGUUCACAGCCCAGACACGGAUAGGCCAGCCCCUCUCUUUGUGGACAUCCAGAGCAGAGAGCCAGAGCGCAGCAGCCUGGCUUCCCCCACCCCAGCCUUUUCCCCCCGGGGCCCCGCGUGGGGCCCCCUCCCUGCCCGCCGAGAGGUUGAGAAGUCCCCACGGGAGGAGAGGAAGACACCAGAUGACAAGAAGUCCAUGAUCCUCAGCGUUCUGGACACAUCGCUGCAGCGUCCCGCGGGUCUCAUCGUGGUCCACGCCACGGGCAAUGGGCAGGGCCCUGGGGAGCUGGAGGCAGAGGAGAGUACACCGGGAGCCCCUGAGCUGAGCCAGGCCCCUCCGGCCGCUGCCACCGUGGCCGCACCUGGGGCCCUGCCCAGCCCCCGGACCCAGCCCCCUAGCAGCCCCCCUGCCGCCGACACGGUGCUGGGGCAGGGCAGCUCCGAGGAAGAGCCAGACCUGGUGUUUGCUGUGGCCCUGCCCCCAGCCCAGCUGUCAUCCAGUGACGAGGAGACGAGGGAAGAGCUGGCCAGGAUCGGGCUGGUGCCGCCCCCAGACGAGUUUGCCAACGGCCUCCUGGUGACCACGCCCCCCCCGGGCCCCGGGCCGGCCCCUUCCCUCAUGGCCUCGCCCAGCCCAGCCUCAGGGAAGCCCAGCAGUGAAGCGCCCCCUGCCCCGGAGUCAGCCGCGGAUUCUGGUGUGGAGGAGGUGGACACGCGCAGCUCCAGCGACCCUCACCUGGAGACCACAAGCACCAUCUCCACCGUGUCCAGCAUGUCCACGUUGAGCUCCGAGAGCGGUGAGCCCACGGACACGCACACCUCCUUCGCUGACGGACACACUUUUGUACUCGAGAAGCCGCCUGUGCCUCCGAAACCGAAACUCAAGUCCCCGCUCGGGAAGGGGCCCGUGACCUUCAGGGACCCUCUGCUCAAGCAGUCUUCGGACAGCGAGCUCAUUGCCGCCGCCUCCGCCGGGCUGGCCUCCGGAGCUGGGCCUGCCCGCCCUCGCUACCUCUUCCAGAGAAGGUCUAAGCUGUGGGGGGACCCGGUGGAGAGCCGGGGGCUCCCAGGCCCCGAAGACGACAAACCGACUGUGAUCACCGAGCUGAGCUCCCGCCUGCAACAGCUCAACAAAGACACCCGUUCCCUAGGGGAGGAGCCUGUGGGAGGCCUGGGGGGCCUGCUUGACCCCCUCAAGAAAUCACCUGCUGUGGCUGCACGGCUCUUCAGCAGCCUCGGCGAGCUGAGCACCAUCUCGCAGCAGCCGUCGCCCCAGCCCCAGCAGCAGCAGCGCGGCGGAGUGGGGCCCCCGGGGCCCGGGGCCUCGUACACCGUCCGGCCCGGCAGCCGCUACCCCGUGGCCCGCCGGACGCCGAGUCCCGUGAAACCGGCGUCGCUGGAGCGCGCCGAGGGGCUAGGUACAGGUCCCGGAGGCGGUGUGGGGCGGCCCUUCGGCCUCACUCCACCAACCAUCCUCAAGUCGUCCAGCCUUUCCAUCCCCCACGAGCCCAAAGAGGUGCGCUUCGUGGUGCGUAGCGUCAGCGCGCGGAGCCGCUCGCCAUCUCCUUCGCCCACUCCGGCCCCUGGCCCCCCAGGGCCUGGGCCCGGGCCCGGGCCGGGCCUGGGCGCUGCCCCUGGCCCCGCCCGCCCCUUCCAGCAGAAGCCGCUGCAGCUCUGGACCAAGUUCGACGUAGGCGACUGGCUGGACAGCAUCCACCUGGGCGAGCAUCGGGACCGCUUCGAGGACCACGAGAUCGAGGGCGCUCACCUGCCCGCGCUCACCAAGGACGACUUCGUGGAGCUGGGCGUGACGCGCGUGGGCCAUCGAAUGAACAUCGAGCGCGCCCUCAAGGCGCUGGCCGACAGCUGACCGCGCGCCCCCGGCCCCCUCCACCCCGCCGGGCGCCCUGCCGGCAGGGCCCCCACCCGCGUGACGCGAGCUGGGUCCCGCCCCCGCGGGGGCUCGUGGGCCAGCCUCUCCGCGGACAGGCCCACCUUGUCCCCGCCGCGCAACUCCACCAGACGUCGGUCAGGCCCCGCCCCUCCCCUCUUUUCCCGGAGCCCCUCCCUAUGCCCGCCCGCCCCUUCUUCCCUCCCCCACCUCAGUAUCCCCCAAGCCCGCGUCGCGGCCCCGGGGCCGGAAUGUUGCAUGAAUCGUCCUGUUUGCUGUUGCUCGGAGAGUCGCCCUGUACAUUGCUUUUCGCCCCCGCCCCCCUGCCCUGCCCCCUCUACCCCAGCACGUGGUCUUGAAGGGCGGGGCGGGGCGGCCCGGCAUGCGGGGGCCGGGCGGGGCUGAGCAGGGCCCCCCUCCCCCCGGGUUUGCAUAUUUUUAAUCUGCUCUAUAUUUGGAAGGAGAAAAGGAACAAGCGUCUCUGUCCCGCCCCCACCCCCGGCCCGGCCCGGCCCGGUUCGGUCCAGCGCAGCCCAGUUCAGCUCUACUCAGCUUAGCCGCGUCGGGCCGAGCGGGGUCCGCCGGAACCGGGUGCGCCAGGGCCCGCGGCCGCCACGUCUUCCACCUCCCAGCGCCUUGCGGGGCCCGGCCUCACUGCCACCCGCCCCCGCGGCCCCGGCCCGGCCCGGCGCGGAGGAAGGGGGGCCGGGUCCGCUCCAGCUGGUCUGGGCUCUGCCAUCGCCCCCCCCCCCCCCGCUGAGCUGGUCCCGGCGCGCCGCCCCCCCAUCCCCCUUCAGGUGCUGCAGGAAAGGACGAGUGAGGCCUCGCGCCCUCCGAUCCUGCUCCGCCCCCAGCACACUAGGGGCCGCGGCUGGCUUGGGAGACAAUAGCCAAUAAGGGGGGCAGCGAGGACCCCCACCCUCCCCCGUCCCCCCUCGGGGUCCCCACUCCAAGCCCCUCCUCUCAGUCUCGUUUCACUGUCUCUGCCCCUGUCCCCCUCCCAGGGCCUCUCCUCCGGAUUCAGCAGUCACCAGAGGAGAGGGUCUUCCCCGUCUCCCAAUGCAGCUGCCAGUGUCUCGGAUCCCUGAAGAGGCCCUCCACACCCUCCCCCGAUUCCACCCCUGCCUCGGUGAGACUGUGUGUGAAGCCGCGAGGCUGUGCGCAAGUGUGCCGUCGGGGGCUUGACGUGCGUGGGCAUGCAGUUGGCGAUCAGGGUUGAGACUGGGCACUGUGCCCCUCAACGGUGGGCUAGACGGAGUGAGAUUGUCUGGGAAACAAUUGAGGCUGUGAAGGCACGUGUGCGUGAGUGUGCACGUGCGAGAAUGUACCUGGGUGAGAGACCAGCAAGCUGUUUGGGAUUGGUUGCGAGUGCACGCCCGAAAUGGGUUGGGACAAUGGGGGCUGAGCUGCUGACAGGCCGGCCCGGGCCGCCGGGUCUAUUGACUGCGUGAGUGUCUAUGAGUGUGAGUGUGUGCGCACAGGCUUGGGCCCCCUCGCCAAGGACCUGCCGGGUUCCCCCAAAGCUCAAGGAGGAAUCUGGGGGCGGGGAGGAGGGAUAGUUUUGUUUAUUGGAUUCAUCUUCCUCUGUUGGGAGAGGCCCAGGCCAAGGAGUUCUUGCACCAUGGGAGGGGUCUACGCGUGACCCCUUCCCUCGGAGCAACCCUCCCAUCAGCUCCUAGCAGGGAGAGGAGGCGGCUCCGCUGGGCCCUAGGUCGGGGGUGGGGGGACCUCGGAGCCAGGCGCCCCUAGCCUUUUGCCUCGGCUCAGGGGAGGGUGCUGGGAAUCUCUGGGGCUGUUUUCAUCUUGAGAUGCCCCUCCCCCCUCCUCUCCGCCUCCUCCCUCUCCCCAUGGCCCCUUUACUGUGACUUCUAAUGCUCAGCAAUGACCUUUGGGGUCUGUGGGGUGGGGGGGCGCCCUCUUGGACCUGUUUUUAAAUCUGGGGGUUGGGGUCUGGACUAAACUCCGUCCAUGUCACUCACAAGGUUCUGUUUGUAUUUCUAACUUUUUUUUUUAAUAAAAGAAAAUAGAAAAUUUCACACCCUAGGGGCCUGGCACGCAGGUCUGUGCUGAGGUUGUUCUGGGUGUACACACACACACACACACACACACACACACACACACACACACGCACCCCACACUGUUCUGCCCUCCACUCACCCCACAUUCCCUCCACUCUCACCAGCUCUCCCCACACACCGUUUUGCCCUAUGCUCACCCCGGACUCUCACCCUGCCCCACAGUGAUGCAGCCACAAACAGUUACAACCAUAGAACCAAGCAGUAAUACAACCCAAUGCCACAUUAAGGCACAUAGCCUCCUGCCCACGGAGUCACAAAAGUCUUACAGAGUCUCACAGGGUCUCUCACACAGUCUCACCUAAUCUCUGUCCCCUCUCCAUCCAAGUCUCACACACAUGCAUACACACCCAUACAUACACAUGCACAUACAUACGUACACACAUGCACACAUACACCUGUGGGUUUUUGGUUCCAUUCCGUUUUGGGUUUUUAACUUGACAGGGUCAGUUCAGUUUCACCCCCGUCUUUUGUAUGGAGUUCAGUGGGGAGAUUUCUCCUCCCCUCUCCAGCCCCGGGGCCUCCUGACCCUGACGUUGUGAUACACCCCACAGAGAUCUAUGUUUCUUAUAUUAUUAUUAAUUAUUAUAUUAUUAUUAUGUAAUAAAUUUAUAAGAAACGAA